AUGAUCGCCAUGUACACCGAAACCUCCUUCACCGAGGCGGCGUCCACGUCCGCGCUGUUCGCAAUGCUUACGAAGGUGAGCGACCUCCCCGAAUUUCGGUCGAAUCACGUUUCGUUAUGGUUGGCGGCAGCCUUGGACAUCCCCGCCGAUUUUGGCAGCGGAGAUUCUAUGACGUCAGCUCUCGGUCCCAACCCAAAGAAAUACAGCAAGUGGGUAGCAGCCAUGGGGGUCGACAUAGUGAAGCAUUUUGAAGACGUGUCGGCGCACCUCGCGGGGGCCCGGAAACACAUUUCGUGGUUUGACAUCGAUUGGAAUUUCUACCAUUGCCAAUUCGCCUUGUGUAAGUUUGUCCAACUGGUAGGGUUUCUCGUAUAG